AUGUCAGCACCGUUUACAAAUCUAUACCAUCUACGGAAGGUAGCAGAGAGCGCUGCGAAGCCAUGUAUGGUGUGCUAUAAGCCUACGACGAGCGUCCUUGUGACGCCGGAUAAGAAGGACUUCUUCUAUGUCUGCCCUAGCCACACGAAGGAUCGCGGAUUUGCGUCUGCAGUUGUGGACCCAGAGCCCACGCCCGAGGAGCUGGAUAGGAAGCGCAAGGAAGCUGAGGAGAGGAUGCUAGCCGAAGAGAUUGAGAGGGUGAAGAAGGAGUACGAGGAGAAUCAAAGGAAGAAGAAAGAGAAGGAUGAAGGCGAGAAAGAGAAAGAGAAAGAGAAGGACGAGGAGAAGGAUAAGAAAGAAAAUGAGGAGAAGGAGAAGGGGAAAGGUAAAAAAGAAACCUCGCCCCCCGUCGAACCUAAAAAGGCUGAGGAGCCUAGGAUAUUCACAUUGCACAAGACCAUAUUUGAUUCUAGGAUGCGACGAUGGAAGCAGCAGCAGAUUUCGAAGCUGAAUCAGGAGAGGCUUAGGUCUAGUGCGUUUCCAUCGGUUCCUAAGGGUGACCCGGUAUAG